GGCAGAGCCACGGCCAGGUAGAAAAGGCCCCUCGCAACUUCUGAGCCCGUGAGUUGCCUACAUCUGCUACCCAUCCCCUAUUUCCCCACGGUUCUUCCCCUCCUCGGAUUCCGCAACCCACCUCUCUUCAUAUCAUCACGUACAUACCUUCACUCAACCACCAUGCCUGAUAACCGUGCAGCCUGGCUGGUAGGACCCCGAGCGCAUCGCCUGGAAGUCCUCUCGGCGCCCUACACCCACCCCCAGGAGGGACAGAUCGUGAUCCGGAACCGUGCCGUGGCCAUUAACCCGAUCGACUGGGUGCUGCAGGGGCAAGGGACCACCUUGAUGUACCGUUGGCUCCCGUACCCCUGCGUUCUGGGCAGCGAUGUCGCGGGCGAAGUGGUCGAAGUCGGACCCGGGGUGACCCGGUAUCAGGUGGGCGACCGGGUCCUGGGCAAAGCCUGCGGAACCCAUGAGAAGAUCAACAGCCCAACCCAAGGGGGAUUUCAGACAUACGUGGUGCUGGCGGACCAUAUGACCUCACGUAUCCCCGAUUCCCUCCCCUACGAAAGGGCCGUGGUGUUGCCCCUGGGGAUUGCCACGGCUGCCUGUGGUCUCUUCGAACCUGACCAGCUCAAUCUUCGGCGUCCCCAGCCAAAUCAACCACCGACGGGCAAGACUGUCAUCAUCUGGGGUGGGUCCACCAGUGUGGGAAGUAACGCGAUCCAGCUGGCCACGGCCGCCGGGUAUGAAGUCUUUACCACCGCGUCGCCCCGCAACUUCGAUUAUGUCAAGAGUUUGGGGGCAGUCCAGGCGUUUGACUAUCGGAGCCGAACGGUCGUGUCUGACAUGCUAGCCGCAUGCCAGGGCAAAACCCUUGCUGGAGCCCUGACCGUGGGUGCUAACGCUGCGGGCUACUGCAUGGAUAUUCUGGGCAGCUGCACGGGGGACAGGCGCAUCUCCAUGGCCACCUACCCGGUUCCUUCCCCACCCCCGAAGGUCCUUACCACGUUGAGGACGAUGCUGGCGUUUAUGGGAGGGAAUGUUUCCUACUGGGUCAAGUCGAGGGCCAAGGGCAUCCAGUACAAUUACAUCUUUGCCAGCACCCUGUACGAUAAUGGGAUUGGGCAGAUGAUCUUCGCGGAUUAUCUCCCUCGAGCACUGGCGGAGGGACGCUACCAGGUUGUGCCCGAGGCGGUCGUGUAUGCGAAUGGGCUGGACCACAUCCAGGAUGCCAUGGACUAUCACAAGCAGGGUCUUUCUGCGAGGAAGGUAGUUGUCUCUUUGAACGACUGAGCAUGUCGCGCGUGG